AUGUUCCGUGGUCUGUUGGGCGGGGCAGGUCGGCAAUGGCGUUCAGAGCGCCGGCUCGCGACCGUAAUGAAAGCUACUAGUAGAAAUCCUGCGCAGAGGUCGACAUAUCGCAUUAGUAGAACCCACCUGGCGAAACAGAGUGCAAUGCGGAUCAAAGGGGAUGCAAAGCGCAAUCAAAAUCGUGCAAUGACCCCAUCUGUUAGCUGCAGCGAUCUCUCGUAUGCAGAUGUGGAGUUUUUGCGCAGUCAGCAGGACGAAGCGCUUGCGGAGCAUGACGCUCGCGUGAGAGCCUCCGCGCGCGAUGCAGGUAUCGCCCAACGUCAUCGUUCUUUUUCUGUUUCUCCGCAGUAUCUGCGGUACAGUAGUGUAGAUUCCACUAGCGGUAAUAGCAUCAUUCAAGAGCGCUUUGAUGCGUUGGUGCAUGACGCGGUGUUAAAGUAUGGUCCCCCUCUUCCAGCUGAAUUUGUCUCUGAAAAUGAUGUCGUAACACCAUUUGGCUCCAGGGACAAUUCGGGGGCGUCCGCGUCUUCGUCGAAUGAGGACCCUGGUGUCUGCUACUUUUACGAUGAGGUGGAAAUCCGGCCUCAGGAGCUGUUCGGUAUCAUUCGACGGCUAGACCCUCUGUUUAGUGUUCGUACGCAUGCCGACGGUGUCCCCUUCUCGUUGCUUAUUAAAAACUGUCCGUAUCUUAGAGUCUGGGGAGGGAAGGUACACUUUAUGCGCUGCCUGAGACGGCUGUCGUUGCGCACCGAUGGCGAUGGUGAAGGUGAUGAGGUGGCGCGUGGGGAGGUAACAACGACGCUCUCAAAGUAUAAGAUGAGGGAGCCCCCGUCGUUUGAUGGCAUUCGUCAAGGUCCUCAGCCUUGGAUGUAUAACUAUCGCAUGAUGUGA